AAAAGUAACGAAAUGGGAACUACCGUUUCAAGCCCAAGUGGCGGUUCAGAAAUUUACGAUCGCCAAACUUUUCCAAGAAGUGAAAAAAAGAUUGUGAUGCAAAAAGCAAAUACACUUGAAAGAAAUGAUAACAGGAACACUAAUAAUGGCAACCAGGAAAACUCGCGAAUGCUUUUUUUGAUGUACUUAAUCAAUCGAACGUGGAAUGUAGUAGUUGAUGGUAAAGGCGGUAAACGCGACGAUGACUUGAACAAAACAAGAUUCUUAGAGGAGGCGGAGGGGAAACAAGACGAUGAGUAUUCUUGUGUGUAUGGUUCGGAAUGUUCUGGAUGCAGUUGUGGUUACUGCGAAGAUGAAAAUUGUCGGAUUAACGGCAAUUACUCAAUUUGUGAGAGGUAAGAUAUUUUAACGUAUUUUAAAAUUUCA